UACGUCCCUGUGAUAGUGCGGCGGAGCACCAUCUUAUUGAAAAUAAAAAUCAUCAUUACCGUAUAAUGCAGGAAUGGCAGGAAAUAUGGAAUCAGCAAGCAUUGUUAGGUAAUUAAUACCAGUUACAGUGCCUUCAAAUCGAAAAGGUUAAAUGAGUCCCCUUGAAGACAAACCGCACCACACAUUUACACCAGGCAAAUUUACAGCUUUUUCAAUUGUCCUAUUCUAAAAGGGACACACAUGUCACAAUCGAUUGUAUCGAAAAUCUCGCAAAAGUGAAGGCACGAUUCCUUAUUGGUUCACUGACAGUGCCGCGAGAUUUUUCAUUUGAAAUAUUCUCAUAUCAUUGGUUAGACGUUCGCUCCACCUGGUGUGCCAGCUGUCAACGUACGUUCACGUGCCCACGCCAAUUUCCAACCUAUUCCUUUUCACCAUUCGGUAAUCACACCAGGCAACCGUUCUUCCAAAUUACGUGAUCUUUCGAAACGAAAUCCACGUGAAAAAUGUCAGUGCAAAGUCAUCCAUUUACCUCUACUGAGGAAAUUAUCAAUUUUGAGACGGGAGACACAGCUGUGAUACUCUCAGGUUACGUCGAUAAGAUUGAUGGGAUGAAAACUGUCAGCAAUGGAAAAAAAACUUUGCUAAAGUUCGUAAUGAACAAUGGGGAUGGAGCGAGGAUUCGUGUACUGAUGUGGGACAAUGUCGCCAAGGUCAACUCACCGAAAAUUUCUCAUUACCAGAAAAUGUAUAUCACUAUGGGUUGCAUUACUCCUGUCAAUACUGCUUAUCAUGGGAACGAAGACGUUGUUGAUGUGGAGUUCAACGUUCAGGCAGCGAGCACCAUAAAAUAUCUGGGAAGUCUCGAUGGAGCUGGAAUAAUUGUCCCAGAAAAUUACCCUGAAGUUGCCAUGGAAACUCUACUUCGUCACCAAAACGCUCCAGUGUCAGUUACUGGAUUCAUCAAGAGUCCAUUCGUUGAAGUUGUUCAUUUCUCAGCUUCGUACGGUGGAGGCAGCAUUGUCAAUGGCAAACACAGACUCGCUGUCCAAAUUGCUAUUUUCAAGGAGACGAAAGAGAUUAAGGUUGGAACGUGUGUCAAGCUCAUGGGGAAACUGAAGUCCAGGGUCUUGAAGACAAACAAGGCAUAUCCCGAGUACUACUUCGAAGUUCCAGACAUGAGUCAUGUCGUUUUGAUCGAGGGUAAAACGGCUACGGAGGAAGAAAUGUCAAAAGCGAUCAUCUCAGCGACCUCUAAACGCUACUCGACUGGAGAUUUACCGGAACCAAAACGUUUCUCGAACGGUCAGGGUGUAGAAGAAAUUCAGAGAGCGAUGUCAAUUGAGAAGAAUGACUAGGUUCAAAGGGGUAUUAUUAUCUGUACUGUUAUUUCAACUGAGAGACAAUAUUUAUUGCUGUUAUCACUAAUCUUUUCGUAGAUUUUUCUCAAAUUAAAUUCCCUGUGAUUUCAUGGAGAUUGAGAAAAAAAUUUUCAAGAGAACAAUCAUAAUGUAAAAAAUAAUUUCGUCACGUAAAGGACUUAACUUUCUAAAAAAAAAUUAUUCGAGGCUAGAAUUUCAUUAACUUAGAGAUGACUAGAGAAAGACUAGAUUUAUCGAUAACUUCUUUUCAAAGACUAAAAAACUAUAAAUUGACUAGGGCAGUAUUUCCUUAACCUAAACUCGACGAGAGAAAGACUAGAGACGUAAAUUAAUUGGAAACUCCAAUUUGUGAUAUACAUUCGUGAAUAAUAAUAAUUUAAUUUAUAAAAAUAUAACUAAUUGUGAUAUGCAAGGGCCAAAUGUACAAAGCACUAGAGCAGUAUUUCCUUAACCUAAACUCGACUAGAGAAAGACUAGAGACGUAGAUUAAUUGGAAACUCCAAUUUGUGAUAUUCAUUCGUGAGUAAUAAUAAUUUAAUUUAUCAAAAUAUAACUAAUCGUUAUAUGCAAGGGCCAAAUGUACAAAGCACUAGAGCAGUAUUUCCUUAACCUAAACUCGACUAGAGAAAGACUAGAGACUUAAAUUAAUUGGAAACUCCAAUUUGUGACAUUCAUUCGUGAAAAAUAAUUUAAUUUAUCAAAAUAUAACUAAUCGUGAUAUUCAAGGGCCAAAUGUACAAAGCAUUAAUAGAAACAAAGAUUCGAAUCGUAGAUAAUUUAGAGCCUACAAAAAAUAUUUUUAAACAGUUCUUGCAUAAUCAAUACUUUUAAUAUGAGAAAAAGACUAAUUAAGUUCUCUGACGAAUAUGAUUGUUACACAUCUUGAGUAGAAUCGAAUUUCCAUUUUCUCAUACAUAGAUGGAAAGAUUGUUUGUAUUCCAUCGAUACUUUAAGAUAAUUGUGUACCUUUUUUCAAUCGAUUCUUUAAGAUAGUUGUGUAUAUUUUUCAGUUAAAAAAAGUUCAAUUUUAUGUUUUAUGUGAUUCAAGCAAACAGCAUGCACUUGAAAAAAUAUUGUUAUUCAAAAGCGAAAAAAUGAGUGAAACAAAAUUGUAAUAAUCCCAUUAUCCUCAUUGCCAUAUAAUGUAUGUAACGUAAUGUUUCUUUGUAUUCUCUUCCCGUUUGUAAGAUGUUUGUAUGGAAAAUAAAGGGUGAUUUUGUCAUAAAACAGAAAUUUUUUGUCAUAAAAAACAGAAAUAAAUAAACGAACAUCACUUUUAAUUGAAUUUGGUACAAUUUUCUCUUCAUUUUGAAAUGAGGGAAAGGAAUUAUUGCGGGAAGGAGAAAUUUGCGACGGUCGUUCAUGCGGAUUGGGGUGGAUAUUCAUGGAAAGAGCAUGAGCUACACGAGACUUUGGGUGCUAUUUUGUCAAUAUAAAACAGAAGUAUUGUUGUUUCCCACAUUAUUGAAUAGUUAUAAUCUAAAAACAAUUCAGAAAUCAUAUUUUAACAGUUCCGGAAGUUGUGAGACACCAAAAAGCAUCGAGUUUCAUUCUUUGAUGUUAAAAUAUCAAAAAUUGAUAACUCACGAAGAGAUUCGAAUGGUCCAUUGAAUUUCGUAGGAGAAAAAAACUACAGUAAAUAAAUACGCCUAACCUCCAUUCACAGUUCAUGUCGCCCUACUUGCAUGGAAUUCUCUACUCUUAGAUGAUAAUAACGAUGCACAACGAAUACAAAACGUGAUUCUCUUGCAGGGAAAUAAAUUUCAGAGCGCUGAGGGGUCGAUGGGCUAAUUCUUUCAUUAUUCACUCGAGUUGUCAAGAACCAAAUCCUGUGCUCCGUUCAUAUCCUCAAUCACUCAGUCAAGAUUCCUCGCACUCCUUCCUGAAGUGAUUGUCAGCAUCAAGAACAUUGCAGUGAUUAUCCCAUCGAAACAUUUACAGAUUUUCAAGAAAAAAUAGUUUCAAGAGUUUACACAUAGAGAAUCAGAUCCGAGAACUCAGAUCCUAGAAACCAGAUCCUAGAACACAAAUCGUAGAACUCAGGUCCUAGAACUCACAUCGAGUCGUACAGAAUCGGAGCCAGAAAUUUCAGAGUCCAGAAAUUUUCAACCGUAAAACCAGUCACGAGUCUUUUCAUACAGAUACUGAAACAUACAACCAAUACAAGAAUCCAACUUUCCAGAGAUUCAAAACCGAAAACUCAGUUUCAAGUUUUUGAAUACAGAUACGGAAACUUCCAUUUAAUAUGACAAAACACUAGAUAUUGAACGAAACAAAAUAGAUCGAGAUUUACUUGCAAUUGUAAUAACAGAAUAAACACGCUGAAUGUUUGAGUCCAAAGGUUCUAUUGAUAUUC